AUGAUUCCAUCUCAUCUCAUCUCCCAUCUCAUCAUACACCUCCUCCCCCUCACCCACGCAAACCCCCUCCCCCCGCAAACCGACCCCUGUCCCGAACCUCCAACUCCCUCCUCCCCUAUCAUCGACCUAGGAUACGCCAAAUACCGCGGCCUCACCCUCCCCGACGCAGCCGUAGACACAUUCCUCGGCAUCCGCUACGCCAAACCGCCCCUCUCCAACCUCCGCUUCCGCGCCCCCCAAGAUCCAUCCCCCGAGUCCUCCAUCCAAGACGCAUCCAAGUUUGGCCCCGUCUGCAUAGGCCCAGGCCAGUCCGUCUCCCCCUCCACCACAUCCGAAGACUGCCUCUUCGUCAACAUCUUCAAGCCCUCCAACGCAACCCCCGAAUCCAACCUCCCCGUCUGGGUCUACAUCCAGGGCGGCGGCUACGCCACCAACAGCAACGCAAACUACAACGGCACAGAGGUCGUCCAGCAGUCCGGCCACGGCCUCGUCUUUGUAAACUUCAACUACCGCGUCGGCGCCCUCGGCUUCUUGGCCAGUGAACAUGUGCGCAGGGACGGCCAUCUCAACGCCGGCUUGCUGGACCAGAGGAAGCUCCUCCACUGGGUAAAGAAGCACAUCAAGCAAUUCGGCGGAAACCCAAACCACGUCGUCAUCCACGGCGUCUCCGCCGGCGCCGGCUCCGUAACGCACCACCUCACCGCAUACGCCGCCAAAAGAGAAACCAACCUCUUCGCGGCCGCAAUCUCCCAGAGCCCCUUCUGGCCGACCCUCCGCUCCGUUCAUGACAUGGAGUUCCAGUACCGCCGCGUCCUCGCCAACGCAAACUGCUCCUCCCUCGACUGUCUGCGGCACCUCGACACCCAGGCCUUUCUCGACGCCGCGCCGGUCGAGCGCUUUGAGGGCGUGAGCAGCGAGGACGCUCCUCUUCCGCUGUGGUACUGGCUCCCCGUCAUCGACGGCGACCUCGUAACGGACCACCUGUACAGCCAGUUCCAGCACGGCAACUUCAUCCGCGUCCCCCUCAUCGUGAGCCACGACACAGACGAAGGCACCUACUUUGGCGCCAACGCGUCGACAGCCGCCGAGGUCGAAGCCUUCCUCCUCACAAACUACCCCGACCUCCAACCGUCCCAGCUCAGCGCCAUCUCCCGCACCUAUUCCCCAGAGAAGCUCGCCUCCCUGCCCGACCACGCCCCCUAUUUCCCCUCCGCCGAAGCCGCGUACGGCGACGCAACCUUCAUCUGCCCGGGCAACACUGUCGCCGCCAUCGCAGCCCGCCACUUCGACCCCCGCCGCGUCUGGAACUACCGCUACAACGUCCAGGACCCGGAUCUCGUGGCCUCGGGCCUCGGCGUGCCGCACACAGUCGAGAUGCCCGCGAUCCUCGGGCUCGGAAGCGUAGGCGGGACGCCAGCUUCCUACUACACGACAAACGCGGCCAUCGUCCCCGUCACCAUGCACUACUUUCUGAGUUUCGUGAUGAACCUAAACCCGAAUGUCGCAAAGUAUGCUACCGCGCCGCAAUGGGAUCCCUGGGGCCAGGGGACGGGGCAACGGCUGAGGCUACAGACGAACAAUACGGCCAUGGAGCCUGUCCCGGCCGAUCAGAGAGCGAGAUGCCGUCUGUGGAGUCACUUGCAAGGCUACACUCAGAUGUAG